GAACUUGGCUGGAUUUUGCUAGAUUUGUAUCGAGAAUGGUACGCGUGUUUAAAUCAAAGCUGACUGGUUAUAAAAGCCCUAGAAACAGAGGAGGUUUAUGGGCGAGCUAUGGCGGGAGCGCUCCGAGAAUGCGAGGCGCGAGUACGUGUCCAAAGGCGAUGGCACUCUCCAGGCGCGACUGCUGGACGAUAAUCGGCCGCUCAAGCACAAGCUUGUCGAUGGAUUUCUUGACCAAUUCUUUCCUGUGGGGUAUCCACAGAGUGUGGGAGAAGGCUACCUUACGUAUUCGCAGUUCCGUGCGCUGCAGCAUUUCUCCAGUGCGAUUCUUUCAGUUUUCUCCACACAGUCACUCGUGUUUGCCGCUGGUUUAAGGCCGACUCCUGCCCAAGCGACUGUGAUUAGCUGGGUUCUCAAGGAUGGAAUGCAGCACAUUGGAAAGCUUGUUGGAAGUCGAAUGGGAGCUAGAAUGGACUCCGAGCCAAAACGAUGGAGAAUUUUUGCCGAUGUUUUGUACGACGCGGGUACUGCGCUGGAGAUAAUUUCACCAGCAUGUCCCCAGUAUUUUCUAGGAGUUGCCGGACUCGCAAACCUUGCAAAGGGAGUGGCAAUGGUAACGGCUAGAGCAACACGGUUGCCUCUUUACACCGCUUUUGCGAAAGAAGGGAACCUUAGUGACUUGUACGCUAAAGGUGAGGCUAUGUCAACUCUUGCAAAUGUGGCUGGGCUUGGAGUCGGCAUUCGUUUGGCAUCAUCGGCCUGUACUUCUCUACAAGGAAAGCUUCUUGUAGCACCUCUUCUGUCCGUGAUUCAUUUAUACAGUGUGAUGGAGGAAAUGAGAGCUGUUCCACUCGACACUCUUAAUGCCCAGCGAACAGCAAUGCUCGUCGCGGACUACCUCGAGCUAGGAAGAGUUCCUUCUCCGGCCGAGAUACGCUACAGGGAAAGGUUGAUACUGCCUGUGAAACCAAACGUCCACGCCGGAAGCGUCCGGAUCGCGAACGACAUCCUCCAAAUCCCAUCCGGCAAGAUCAGAGAGCUCAAACACAGGUUCCAGAGCGAGCGCUUUCUUCUGGACUUCCACGAGACUUCUACGGAGAUGGUGCUGCAUCACUCGGCCAGUGGCGAAGACGUCGUCCGGGGAUGGCUUCUAGCAGCGUGUUCUUCGAAAGAAGCCUCACUGAGCGACGCUUACUCCCGCGUCGACAAGAUGCUACCAGAGUUUCUCUCGCAGCUUAAAAGUCGAGGCUGGCAAACACAGCUCUUUCUUCACGGCUCCGCAGCUCGGGCCUUCUGGUAACACAAGAUGUUUCUUACAAAAGCAUCUUUUUUGUUUUUUCCAUUAAGAUGAAAAGAAGAAAAAGAAAAGCUUACACA